UACAUAGACAACAACUUCACCACCCAAUUAAUACAACCAAUUCCCUCUCCCUAUAUAAUAACUAUAUGCACACGUAAAAUAUUUGCUAUUCAUACAAAUUAAACAAAGGGCAAACCCCAAAAUAAUUAGCUGUUUUUUGUCAUUCAAUCUAUGAUCAAUAUAAAUCUUUAGAAUUUAGGCCAAAAACUCAAUAUAUAUGUAUUGUUGCAUAAGUAGUGUAGCAAUGGGGUAUCCUUGGGGAAACCCUUAUGGUUGGAGUCAAGAAAAGAUGGAUACGAUGAAGAAAAACUUGAUAAUUUUAAUGGGAAAGGCGAAGGCUUGGGGAUUAUCGAAAUGGACGACUAUUUGCAAAGUGGGCCAAGAAGAUCGACGCCGAGUCUUUCACUCUUUAAAAGUAGGAUUUUCUUUGACUUUGGUUUCUUUGCUGUAUUUGACGGAGCCUUUCUUCAAUGAUAUCGGCCAAAGUGCUAUUUGGGCCGUCAUGACUGUUGUCGUCGUGCUAGAGUUCACAGCUGGCGCGACGCUUUGCAAAGGAUUAAAUAGAGGGAUUGGCACAUUGUUGGCGGGAUCACUUGCUUUCUUGAUAGAGUACGUCGCGCAGCAGUCCGGCCGGGUAUUCCGGGCAGUAUUCAUUGGAGUAGCAGUAUUCACCAUUGGAAGUGCGGCGACCUACAUAAGAUUUGUGCCGUACAUAAAGAAGAACUACGACUAUGGAGUGGUGAUAUUCUUGUUGACCUUCAAUUUGAUUACGGUUUCGAGCUUUAGGGUUCACAAUGUGCUGAAAAUGGCGCACGAGCGCUUCUACACAAUAGCCAUCGGUUGCGCCAUUUGCCUCAUCAUGAGCCUAUUCAUCUUCCCCAAUUGGUCGGGCCAAGACCUCCACAAUUCCACCGUCUCUAAACUUGAAGGCUUGGCAAAUUCCAUCGAAGCAUGUGUUAACGAAUACUUCAGCAAUGAAGAUCCAAAAGCAUCCGAGCAGAAAACAUCAGAUGAUCCUAUUUACAAGGGCUACAAAGCGGUUCUUGAUUCUAAAUCAACCGACGAAACUUUGGCAUUACAUGCAAGCUGGGAGCCAUGCCACUCGAGAGAGUGCAAAAGAUUUCCAUGGCAGCAGUACGUUAAGUUGGGAGACAUUCUUCGACACUUUGGAUAUGCUGUUGUUGCUCUCCAUGGCUGCCUUCAAACUGAGAUUCAGACUCCGAGGACUGUAAGAGCUCUCUUCAAAGAUCCUUGCAUUCGAGUCGCCGGAGAAGUGUCGAAAGCCCUACUCGAGCUCGCCGAGAGCAUCCGGAAGCGCCGCCAAUGCUCGCCAAUGGUCCUCUCCGACCACUUACACGAAGCCUUGCAAGACCUUGACGCUGCCCUCAAGUCGCAGCCGCGCCUCUUCCUCGGCCGCCACGCAAAGUCGAGCAACAACAUCCUCGCAUACGCCGCCGCCACCGCUGCCGCCGCGCGCAACAAGCCCUCCAACGGCGAGCUCGGAAUCUCCCUCCCGAGCGUCAAGACCGACUCGUCCGCAUUGCUCGGGUGGAAGAAGUCGUCGUCGAAGCGUCACAACGGGGAGGCGGUCGAGCGCAAGGCGCUGCGGCCUACCAUUAGCAAGGUUUCCAUCACGAGCCUCGAGUUCUCGGAGGCGCUCCCGUUCGCCGCCUUCGCGUCAUUGCUCGUGGAGGCGGUGGCGCGGCUCGACCUCGUGAUCGAGGAGGUCGAGGAGCUUGGCCGGAUGGCGAACUUCCGGGAGUUCGCAGAAUAUGACGAUGAUGUGGCAGGGAAAGAAGACGAGGGUAAGAAGCUGCAGCAAGAGGUGAUCAAUGAGAACAAAUUAGGGAACCAUUUGCAGUCUCAUGUAACAGAUUGUUAGAUUCGUUGUUGUUAGGGUUAUUUGAAUCUCAAUAUUAAUAACAAUUAUAUUAUUAUUGUUGUUGUUAUUACUCUCCCUCCCAACGUAUACAUACCAUGUUAUAUUUUUCGU